AUGCCCAGCCCGCCCGCGCUCCGGGCGCUGUGGCUUUGCACCGCGUUGUGCGCCUCCCGGGGCGUCGGCAGCACUCGGCAGCCGGGGCCCGGGCCCGCUGCCUGCCCGGCCCCCUGCCACUGCCAAGAAGACGGCAUCAUGUUGUCGGCCGACUGCUCUGAGCUCGGACUCUCCACGGUGCCUGGAGAUCUGGACCCCCUGACGGCUUACCUAGACCUGAGUAUGAACAACCUUACGGAGCUGCAGCCAGGCCUCUUCCACCACCUGGGAUUCCUGGAGGAACUGCGCCUUUCUGGGAAUCAUCUCUCACACAUCCCGGGACAAGCAUUCUCUGGUCUCUAUAGCCUGAAAAUUCUGAUGCUUCAGAACAAUCAGCUGGGAGGAAUACCCGCAGAGGCGCUGUGGGAGCUGCCUAGCCUACAGUCUCUGCGCCUAGAUGCCAACCUCAUCUCCUUGGUUCCAGAGAGGAGCUUUGAGGGGCUGUCUUCCCUCCGCCACCUAUGGCUGGAUGACAAUGCGCUCACCGAGAUCCCCAUCAGAGCCCUCAACAACCUCCCUGCCCUGCAAGCCAUGACCCUGGCCCUCAACCACAUCAGCCACAUCCCAGACUACGCCUUCCAGAACCUCACCAGCCUUGUGGUACUGCAUCUUCAUAACAACCACAUCCAGCAUCUGGGGACCCACAGCUUUGAGGGGCUGCACAAUCUGGAGACACUAGACCUGAAUUAUAAUGAGCUACAGGAAUUCCCUGUAGCCAUCCGGACCCUGGGCAGACUACAGGAACUGGGUUUCCAUAACAACAACAUAAAGGCUAUCCCAGAAAAGGCCUUCAUGGGAAACCCUCUGCUGCAGACGAUCCACUUUUAUGACAACCCAAUCCAAUUUGUGGGAAGGUCAGCGUUCCAGUACCUGCCUAAGCUGCACACACUAUCCCUGAAUGGUGCCAUGGACGUCCAGGAGUUCCCAGAUCUCAAAGGCACCACAAGCCUGGAGAUCCUGACCCUGACCCGCGCAGGCAUCCGGCUGCUCCCACCAGGGAUGUGCCAACAGCUGCCCAGGCUCCGAGUCCUGGAACUGUCUCAUAAUCAAAUUGAGGAGCUGCCCAGCCUACACCGAUGUCAGAAGUUGGAGGAAAUUGGCCUCCAGCACAACCGCAUCUGGGAAAUCGGAGCUGACACCUUCAGCCAGCUGAGCUCCCUGCGAGCGCUGGACCUGAGCUGGAACACCAUCCGGUCCAUCCACCCUGAGGCCUUUGCCACUCUACGCUCCCUGGUCAAACUGGACCUGACAGACAAUCAGCUGACCACACUGCCCCUGGCUGGACUUGGGGGCCUGAUGCAUCUGAAGCUCAAAGGGAACCUGGCUCUCUCUCAAGCCUUCUCCAAGGACAGUUUCCCAAAACUGAGGGUCCUGGAGGUGCCCUAUGCCUACCAGUGCUGUGCCUAUGGGGUCUGUGGCAGUUUCUUUAAGGCCUCUGGACAGUGGGAGGCUGAGGACUUUCACCUUGAGGAGGAGGAGGCUCCGAAGAGGCCCAUUGGCCUCCUUGCUGGACAAGCAGAGAACCACUAUGAUAUGGACCUGGACGAGCUCCAGCUAGAGAUGGAAGACUCAAAGCCACACCUCAGUGUCCAGUGUAGUCCGCUUCCAGGCCCCUUCAAGCCCUGUGAGCACCUCUUUGAGAGUUGGGGUAUCCGCCUGGCAGUGUGGGCCAUCGUGCUGUUCUCUGUCCUCUGUAAUGGGCUGGUGCUGCUGACCGUGUUUGCCAGUGGGCCAGUCCCCCUUCCCCCAGUCAAGUUUGUGGUAGGUGCAAUUGCAGGUGCCAACACCUUGACUGGCAUCUCCUGUGGCCUACUUGCCUCCGUGGAUGCCCUGACCUUCGGCCAGUUCUCUGAGUAUGGAGCCCGCUGGGAAACGGGGCUGGGCUGCCGAGCUACUGGCUUCCUGGCGGUGUUGGGCUCGGAAGCCUCGGUGCUGCUGCUCACUCUGGCCGCCGUGCAGUGCAGUGUCUCCGUCUCCUGCGUCAGGGCCUAUGGGAAGGCCCCCUCCCUGGGCAGCGUCCGAGCGGGGGCCCUUUGCUGCCUGACGUUGGCAGGGCUGGCUGCAGCCCUGCCCCUGGCCUCGGUGGGAGAAUAUGGGUCCUCUCCACUCUGCCUGCCGUACGCCCCGCCCGAGGGUCAGCCAGCAGCGCUGGGCUUCGCCGUGGCCCUGGUUAUGCUGAACUCCUUCUGCUUCCUGGUAGUGGCUGGUGCCUACAUCAAACUCUACUGUGACCUGCCCCGAGGCGACUUCGAGGCCGUGUGGGACUGCGCCAUGGUGAGGCAUGUGGCCUGGCUCAUCUUUGCCGAUGGGCUCCUCUACUGUCCCGUGGCCUUUCUGAGCUUCGCCUCCAUGCUGGGCCUCUUUCCUGUCACCCCAGAGGCCGUCAAAUCAGUCCUGCUCGUGGUACUGCCCCUGCCAGCCUGCCUCAACCCUCUGCUCUACCUGCUCUUCAACCCCCACUUCCGGGAUGACCUGCGCCGGCUCAGGCCCCGUACGGGGGUCCCAGGUCCCCUAGCCUAUGCUGCUACCAGCGAGCUGGAGAAGAGCUCCUGCGAUUCCACCCAGGCCCUGGUCACCUUCUCUGAUGUGGAUCUCAUUAUGGAAGCUUCUGAGGCUGGGCGACCUCCUGGGCUGGAGACCUAUGGCUUUCCCUCAGUGACCCUCAUUUCCUGUCAGCAGCCAGAGGGCCCCAGGCUGGAGAGCAGUCAUUUUGUAGAGCCAGAGGGGAUCCACUUUGGGAAUUCUCAACCUUCCAUGGAUGGAGAACUGCUGCUGAGGGCAGAGGGAGCCUCAGGAGGCAAGGGCUUGUCAGUGGGUGGGGGUUUCCGGUCAUCUGGAUCAGCCUUUGCCUAACACUUAGAAAUGUCCCUCUCCAUUCUUCUAAGCUCUUCCCUCCCUCGCUCCCUCUUCCAUGAAUGA